AUGAAUUCUGAUUUUUUGCUCUUUUUCCUUAUUGUGGCUGAAACGUUCGACAGUAUAAGCGGCAGCUGUGUUCGAACAGGAACUGGGUUGUUAUGCCGUAACUGGAUUGGUGAAGAUUUUCGUUCGGCUCUGAGUAGCGAUGUUCGUUUGGUUUCAUUGCAGGACUACAACGAUUCGUUACCGUUGCUCGACCUUGGUUUUGUUUGUUUGUUACCGAACGUGUCAUCGGUGAACAUCGUUCGUUCUGGUGUGAAGAAGGUUCAGGCAUCGUUUGGCGACCAUCGAAGGUUCGUAUCUUCGACAGAAAAUCCUUUGUUUAAUGAAACUUGCACGAAUUCGACAACUUUUACUUACUUGAACCUCAGUUUCAAUUUGAUCGAUUCGGUCGUCAGUCUGAACCAAGCUCCUUGGUUUACGCAGCUGCAAGAUGUAUCAUUGGCGCACAACCGUCUUACGACGUUUCCGGUCAUCGCUUGUUCGGUCAUUACCCUGGACUUGUCUGACAACCGGAUCGACGCUGUACCGGACAGUGGUCUUCACUGCACGCAUAGCCUGCGCAGUCUUGAAGUCGGUGGCAAUCGUUUGACGGCACUUUCAAAAAACGCGUUCUGUUCUGACAUCCGUUGUCCACUACGUUCCUUGUUACUUCAACAUAAUCUUCUAACGGAUAUCGACGACGAAGCUUUUCACGGACUGCGUGAUUUGGAGCUGCUUGAUCUCAGUUACAACCUUCUUUUGCAUCUUUUGCCUGCUUUAAAGCGUCUUGAUCUUAUCGCGUCUCAUCUUCACCUGUCGUACUUGUCUUUCACUCACAAUCACAAAUUGCGUUGGGUAUUCGGUUCUCUUUCAAAUGAUGCCAAACGCUUGAUUCGUCUUGAUUUAUCUUUUUGCCGUUUGUCGACCUUACCGAUUGAGUUUUUCACCAACUGUUCGCUGACGUCCGUUUCUAUCGCUGCCAAUCCUUGGAAAUGUGACUGUAACUUGUUGUGGUUUGCCUUAUUGCCUACGGCCGUAUCGUUGGUCGAUCUCAACCUGACACGUUGUCAUACUGAAGACAGCUACGAGAAUUUGUCAAAUUGUACGAUUGGAGUUGACCGCACCAGCCAAAUGUUCCAUCGUGCAGUGUACGGUUCAACGUUAUACGUUGGUUGUGACGGAUUCGGUUAUCCGGUGCCGGACGUGCUCUGGCAAAAACUGGAUAACGGCUCUACGCCCACGAAGCUUUUCGAAUGGCAUCCGGACGGCGAUGUACUCGUUAAGUAUUCUGACCAACGCGACAUCAGUUGUUUAUCCGGUGGAGUGAUUGUUUUUUCGCAUUUGAAACACCAUAACGUUGGCAUCUACCAGUGCAUCGUUAGCAAUACGCAUGGAAACGGUAGCAGGUCGUAUUUUGUACGUCUGGACUAUGCGGUUUGG